AUGAUUUAUUUUCAAAUUUUCAGUGCAAGUCAACUGCGAUGUAUUUGGCUUGACGGAUGUUCUGCCAUUUCAAAUGAAGUAUUCGAGGAAAUUGCGAAGAGGCAGCCAUUCUUAGAAGAGCUUGACAUUUGUCAUUGUUCUUUCCUAAGCAAAGAUUUGUUUGAACAUAUUGGCAGAUGUUGUCCACUUUUGAAGUCUCUGAAAUAUAGUCCUCCUAAUGAGGUAGCAGGUGACAAUAAGUGUGAUGAUGUCGCAUUUGCUAUAGCAAAUACAAUGUCUAAUCUCAGGCAUCUUACAGUUUUGAAUAACGAACUCACCAACAACGGAUUAUUAGCUAUUCUAGAUGGAUGCCCUCUUCUUGAAUCUCUUGACAUUCGAGGAUGUGUUUAUGUUGAAUUGGAUGGAAGUUUGGGGAAAAGAUGCAAUGAGCAGAUCAAAGUGUUACGUUUUCCGGCUGAAUCUAUAGAUCACAAGUUUGAUCGUUACGAUUACACAGACUAUAUUUAUCAUGGUUUUAUGACGUGUAAUAUUAAAGAUGUUGGUAAUAUUGAUCUUUCUUGGAUAGAUGGGAUUCCAGAAAGCGAUGUUUCUGAUUUUGAUUUUUAUUAAUUGGGUUGCAAAGCUUAUUGUUAACUCUGGCCAUGUACUUUUCAAUUUGCUGAUUUAUGUUCUACACAUAAUGUACGUGCAAUUGCAUUAUCUUUUUUUUUUCCGCCUGUUCUAG